AUGGCCAUCACCAGCCGUCGUGUUUGGCUAAUCACAGGUGCGAACUCUGGACUGGGCCUUGCCCUGGCAGAGUAUGUUCUCUCACAAGGGGAUCUCGUUAUUGCGGCCGCUAGGAACGUCCAGAAACUCCCAAAAUCGGUCAGCGCGGCGAAGCCCCUACAAUUAGACCUCCAUGACACGCCUGCCGAUAUCAAGUGUGCGGGACUGAAAGCCCUUGAAAUAUACGGCUACGUCGACGUACUUGUGAACAUGGCAGGUUAUGGACUCGAAGCGCCGGUGGAAGAACUCGACCCAACCGAACUUCUCGCGGAGUUCCAAACCAACUUCUUCGGGCCAAUCUACCUCAUCCAAUCACUCCUUCCCUCCUUCCGUGCUCGUCGUUCUGGAACAAUCAUCAAUGUUUCCUCCGUUGCUUCGUUCGACGGAACACCAGGCUACUCUGCCUAUUCGUCGUCCAAAGCCGCUGUCAAUGCUAUGUCGGAUAUCCUCCGACGAGAACUCGCUCCUUUCAACGUUCGCGUCCUGACGCUCGUACCGGGAUACUUCCACACUAGCUUCAUGACCAACGCCGCUGCGCUAGGUGAAUCCACUCGUGCUGCCGCAUCCGCAUCAGCCGAUUCCAGCACGGGCAAGCCGCCCGUCACGAAUUUAUAUCCGGACGUCUAUGGCCUAGCGCACAAGAUCCCCACCAUAAGGUUGAAGAUGAGACGAAUUGGUGACACCUCGAAGGCGGCGAAGAGGAUAUUUGAGGUGGUGACUGGGACGGGUCUGGUUGAGACGAUGCAGCAGAAACCGGACGGACCGUGGCCUAUGGUGCUUCUGGGACAGGACGCUGGGGAGAGAAUCAAAAGCCAGCUGAUGAACUGGAAGCACUGUAUCGAUGAGACAGAGGAGUUUUGGAAUAGUACAGAGGUUGAGCCGGAGAAGAUGGAGGAGAUGAGGAGAGAGUUUGGGAUUGUUGAUUGA